CUUGCCGCGCCGCGCGACUCUCGUCAAUCAUCCAUGGUUCUCAUGGCGGCCGCCUCCGACGACCAUCGCCACCGCGAGCAUCACCAUCACCACCACCGCAGCCGCCGCCAUCGUGCGGCGAAACGCUCGCCGACGCCACCCCCGCCCCCGCCCCAGCCCCAGCCAGAGUCUCCGUCCACGUCCCCCCUCGAUUGCUUCUCCUUCACCUGGGGUGUGCGCCGCCGCCUCCGCUGCUCCAAGGACGGCGCCCCCGUCGUCGCGACCGCGUUGCCGUCUCCUCCCCAGCACCCGGCCACCCCGUCGCCGGACAAGGAGAAACCGCCCCAGGGCGACGCCGCCGGCUCCUCCUCCCGGCCGCAGCGGUCCCGGCACCUCCGCCCGCUCCGCUACCCCGCGACGCAUCCCGCGUCCAGAUCAACGGACGCUGGCGCGGGGCAGGCGCUCCACUCGCCCGCCUCGGCGCCUCCGCCGCCGCUGACGGAGCCGCAGCAGCCUAGGAAGAGGGGAUUCGCCGUCGCCCUCACCAAACAGGAGAUCGCCCGGGACUUCGCCGCCGUCCGCUGCAAGCGCCCGCCGCGCCGCGGCAAGAAGCGGUCCAAAGCCCAGCAGGCCAAGAUCGACGCGCUGUGCCCGGGAUUCUUCCUCUCGACGGUGGACCUGGACAACUACAAGAUCGAUGAUAACAAUAAUCUAAGAUACUGAUCCAUCAGUUAGGCUGCUGUUUCCAACAAAGUUGGUUCUUGUUCUUCAUGUGCGUUUGUUUUCCUCUUGCAGAGGUGAUUCAUGGUUGCCGUGAUGAAACUUCAGACGGGAGCAACUUCUCAAUUGCUCCCAUAUCUCUUUCUUCCUGUGAUGGCUAACACGCCCUGAUGCCCAUUACUGGAUGGUGUUGGUUCUGAGGUAGAGGACAGCAAAUUGGGUCUAGUUAGGUUCCUUGAGUGGUUUUGUAUACAGAUUUCCCUUU